AAAAUGGAUAGCAAUGUUUUUGCAAAUAACCCAAUUAUUAUUGACAUGGUAUUUAAAUAUUAGAAAUGAAAAGGGUUCAGGUCAAAUUAAAGCAGGGUUCGGAGGAGAGGACAAACCUAAAGUGAUUUUCAAUUCAUAGUAAAACAAUCGAAAAAUAAUUAAGCAUUGGACGUCCAAAACUUAAGACUUUGUCUGCUACAAAUAGUCAAGAAUUAUAUGUAGGAAAUUAAAUUACAGAUAGUAUAAGAGGGAAUAUGAAAAUAAAAUAUCCAUAUCAGAAAGGUGUGAUAAAGGAUAUGAAUGAUAUGGAUCAAGUAUGGAAAUAUACUUUCUAGGAAUUGCAUAGCAACCCUAAAGAAGUAAGGUUUAAUGAAUUAAUUAGUGUCCAAUUUUAUUGACUGAGCCAUCAUUUGCUAGUCAAAUCUAGAAGAUGGAGAUAGCAAAGUAAUUCUUUGAAAAUUACAAUUGUCCUGCUCUAUUCUUUGCAGUAUCUGGAAUUGUUAGUUUAUUUGCAAGUGGGAAAACUACUGGAGUGAUUUUGGAUGUUGGAGACACAGUAUCGUAAAGUAUCCCAAUUUACGAUGGAUAUUAUAUUUAACAUAGUGCAUAAAGAGUGGAUUUGGCAGGACGAGAUGUAACCGAUAAUUUGAACAAUUUGUUAAGAAGAUCAGGAUACAUAUUCACAAAAACUGUAAUAUUCGAAUUGAUAUUGUUAGGCAGAGUUGGAAAUUAUCAAGAAGAUCAAAGAAAAGCGUUGUUUUUUGAGUCCAACAAUGAUUGCAGAGGAGAAGUUUUAGGAAGAGAGAAAGAUAAAAGAUCAAUAUAUGCUACCUGACAACAAUACGAUUGAAAUAAGUUAUGAGAAACAGAGGGCUCCAGAAAUCUUGAUGUCUCCAGAAAAAUACGGUCUGGAAUUAAAUUGUAAAUGAGAUUGUAAUCUACCUAAUGUUAGCCAUUCCUGAAAUACUUGCCAACUCUAUAUAGAAAGUGGAUUUGGACUUGCGUAAGUCUUUAUACAAUGAGAUUGUUUUGACUGGAGGAACCUCUUUGAUGCAAGGUUUUCCAGAGAGAUUGAUAGGAGAAGUCAAAAGAUUGAUUCCAAAAGAUGCAAAGGUAUGUGUUUAUUACCAUGGAAGGUCAAAAUUUGGGCUCCUCCAGAGAGAAUUACUUUAUGUUGGUAAGGUGGGUCUAUUUUAUCUCAAUUGGCUUCAUUCAAAAGUAUGUGGAUAUUAAAAAAGGAAUUUGAGGAUGAAGGAGAAAGAAUUUUAAUAAAAAAAUAAUUGUGAG